CGUCGAAUGCGUUUGAACAGCUGCAGUCGCAUCCAGUCGCGUUGAGUUGCGUCUCAUUUACAAUUUGUCGUACAAUACAGCUGCACUAUAACUUUCAGGUUUUCAGGCUUACAGCAAUACAGCAUACAGGUUGGAUGUCGUGGAUGUCGGAUGCAUUGCUUCGGGUGCUUGUUGUUGCGGUUCUAAAAUUUCGUUAAUACAAACGGUUGGAAAAUAUGGUACCUCUCGGCCCAUCGCCGGGACACCAAGCGUCCGUGAACAAUUCCUCUAGCACGCCCGCCAGCGGGACGAAAAACACAAUAGUGAAAUCAAACUAUACAUUGAAGUAUACUUUGGCGGGUCAUACUAAGGCAAUAUCAUCAGUUAAAUUUAGUCCCAAUGGAGAGUGGUUGGCUAGUUCAGCUGCUGAUAAGCUCAUCAAAAUUUGGGGGUCGUACGAUGGAAAGUUUGAAAAAACUAUAGCUGGUCAUAAGCUAGGUAUUUCUGAUGUAGCGUGGUCCAGCGAUAGCAGAUUGUUAGUAUCAGCUUCCGACGAUAAGACCUUGAAAAUAUGGGAAUUAAGUUCUGGUAAAUGUUUAAAAACAUUAAAAGGUCACAGUAAUUACGUAUUCUGUUGUAACUUUAACCCACAAUCCAAUCUCAUAGUUUCUGGUUCUUUCGAUGAAAGUGUGCGUAUUUGGGACGUGAGAAGCGGAAAAUGCCUUAAAACCUUGCCGGCACAUUCAGAUCCUGUAAGCGCAGUACACUUCAAUAGGGAUGGCUCUUUAAUCGUCUCAAGUAGUUACGACGGAUUAUGUCGAAUUUGGGACACUGCGUCAGGACAAUGUCUGAAAACUCUGAUAGAUGACGACAAUCCUCCAGUGUCGUUUGUCAAAUUUUCACCGAACGGCAAAUAUAUUUUGGCAGCGACGUUAGACAACACAUUGAAGCUGUGGGAUUACAGUAAAGGAAAAUGUUUGAAAACAUACAGUGGCCACAAAAAUGAAAAAUAUUGUAUCUUUGCAAAUUUCUCUGUAACGGGUGGUAAGUGGAUUGUAUCCGGUUCUGAAGAUCACAUGGUGUACAUUUGGAACCUACAAACGAAGGAGAUUGUACAAAAAUUACAGGGACAUACAGAUGUGGUACUUUGCACAACGUGUCACCCGACGGACAAUAUUAUAGCUUCAGCGGCCCUCGAAAACGACAAAACUAUCAAACUAUGGAAAAGCGAUACUUAAGGACAAUCUAUUAACUUGCUGUUACUAUCUAUUGUACAAAUCUCCGAGUUUUAUGUUAAAGAGAGAAUGAUUACAUUGUAAAGCAUAGACAAUAGACACUAGAUAUAAAGUAAAAUGCUAUUUUAUAUUUAAAA